GCUCAUUCGCAGUCGCUUUGCCUCACCAUUCGCCGUAACUAAUCGUCGACUUCCAGCACCGCCGUCAAGAAUCUUGAGGGAUGUCAGCUCAAGUUACACCUGCUAAGAGGCCACUCGACCAAAGUCUUACAGAUGUAAGAAGUGAAAGGAAGAGCCAGAAAUCAGAAGCUUUAGGUUCUGAUAUUGCACCAUUUAAUGCAUCAUCUAGACAGGUUAUAAGAGUACUUUGCCCAGCUUCCAGAAUUCGCUUCAUUAAUGGAAAAGAUGGCAGCAUCGUAUCUCAAAUAGGCCAAGCGACUGGAGCAAAAGUGUGCGUUGAGGAAAAAGUCCUUGAGUGUAAUGAAAGAGUCAUAACUAUAGUAGCUCCAGAUAAAGCUAAGGAAAUGGUGAGCGGGCAGGUUAAGGAUGAAGACAGGGAGACUAAAAUCCCUGACUCCAGUGAGAACCCCGAGGAAGAUGGGGAAGGCAACAAAGAGCAUGGUGUUCGAGUCGAUCACUCUAAAUCAGAUAAGGACAAAGAAAAUUCAGCUGUUCAGAAAGCUUUGUUAGCUGUGUUUAAUAGAAUGGUCGGCAUGUUUGCUGGGUCAAAGAAAGGUGAAGAAGAAGGUAAAAAAAAGUUUUCACAUGUUAGGCUACUUGUCUUCCAUGGUCAAGUAGGCCGUUUGUUAGGAAGAUCUGGCUGUGUGAUGAAACAAAUGACAUCUGAAAGUGGAGCGGUAAUACAAAUUCUUCCAAAGAAUAAGCUGCCUUCUUGUGCAUCUUCAACUGAUGACCUGGUUCAGAUCUCUGGUACUCAUGAUGCCAUCAGGAAAGCUCUUCUAUCUGUUUCCCAGGAACUUCUUGAGCGUAUUCCUAAGUAUCGGGAUCCUUUCCUUUGGUGCUCCUCCUCAUCUCAGUCUCAUUCCUUUGGUGCUCCUCGGCAGGAUAGGUGUCCACCUCCGCAUAAUCCUUUCCAUGGACAUGGAGCACCCUAUCCAUCUGGAUUUCUCGAAGGUGGUGCUGGUAUGAAUUUUCCUCCUGUGGUUAUGACUUACCGGGUGCUGUGCAAUGAGGAAAAGGUGGGUGGUGUAAUUGGAAAGGGAGGUACUAUUAUCAAAGCUCUUCAACAUGAAUCUGGCUGUGAUAUCAAGGUCGUAGCUAGUACAGGAGAAACAGAAGAUCGCAUCAUUACCAUAUCUGGUCCUGCUCACCCGGAUGAUGCAGUAUCUCCCGCACAAGAUGGCGUGCUUCGCGUGCAAGCAAGAAUAUUUAGGUCUGCACCAGUAAGCAAGGAUAAAAGCUUGGUUGCAAAACUCCUUGUCUCCUCUCAUCAAAUUGGAUGUCUUCUUGGUAAAAGUGGUUCAGUGAUUUCUGAAAUGAGAAAGUCAAGUGGAGCUUACAUCUGUAUUCUCAGUAAAAACCAGGUUCCGAAGAAUGCCUCGGAAAAUGAGGAAGUUGUUCAGGUUAGUGGAGACCUUGAAGCAGUUCAAGAGGCUCUUGUGCAGAUAACAUCAAGGUUGAAGAAGCAUUUCUUCCAGGCCCCAUACAUGGGGAGAAGAGAGUUUUCACCUUCUCCAACUUUCUCUAAUCGAGGUCCACCAUUCAACAAUUUUGAUGCUUCUGUGGGCCUUCCUCCAGUUGGCGGCUUCCAUCCACGUGAACAUGAUGAUCAGCAACCUGUUUCCACAAGCACUACUGUGGAGGUUGUUGUUCCAAGCUUCGCUGUUCCUGCUAUUUACGGAGAUGAAGGUGGAUGCCUGAGACAAAUUCGCGAGAUUUCUGAUGCAGAAGUUACCAUCACCAAUCCUAAAGACGGAGCAUCAGAAACCGUGAUCAUACUCUCCGGGACUCCCGAGCAGACUAUUGCUGCACAAAGUCUACUUCAGGCAUUUGUAAUAUGCGAAAUGGAAGCCCUGAAUCGUUGAUAUCAUGGAAUCUACUCCAUGGAUGGUGCAAAGAGAGUGUUGUGAUAUAUACUAAUAUACUGAAGUCCAAAACAUCAACCCAACCCUGUUGU